AUGCUGAUGGACGCAUGCGGGUGCGACCUCCCUGACGAGGGCCGCAGGGCCGACGUGAGCGGCAGAGGCCUCGUAAGCGUGGUCAGGGAGGACAUGUCCUUCUUCGUCCGCUUGCAGGCCGUUGACGCUGGAGACAACAGCCUUCCCUUUGACAGCUUCCUGGACCUACCACGGCUGGAGGAGCUUCGCCUCCCCUGCAACAGCAUCCGCGACAUCGACGGACGGAAGAUCCUGACGCAGCUGCAGCUCGGCGGGGGCGACGGCAACAGCGGCAACGGCUACGGCCAGCUGCGACGUCUAGACCUCUCUUACAAUAGUUUGUCGGGUGGUGCCCUGUCGGUGCUGACGCACCUGCCGAGUUUGACCGACCUGGAUCUCACAUGCAACGGCCUCGUCGACCUUCCCGUGGCCAUGGCUCGCUUUCCGGUUCUCCAGAAGCUAUCGCUGGAACGCAAUCAACUCGAGAGCGACGCAGUGUUUGAUGUGCUUUCUAGGCUCCCAGGCUUGCGAGAGCUCAAUCUCGCCUUCAACUACUUCACGGGCAUCAACCUCGACCUAGAUAUAGCAGAACAAGCGUUCCCUCUUUUGGAGGCACUCGAUCUCGGGUUCAACUUUAUCGGCAGCGAGAGCGACGUGGUCGUGGUGGUGCUUUUCGAACGGUUGCAGAGGCUGAUUCUGUACGGGAACCCACUGGCGGGGCCCACGGGAGAAGACUCGCUUGGGCUCUGCGUCGAAAAGCUUGUUGCCGAGUCAGACAGAAUCCGGGGAGACUACGCGAGUUGUCCUAUAGAGGUCAUCACAGAGCUUCCCAGAAUAAGACAGACGCGAGGCGGGGGAGCAGGAGGUGGGGGGCGUCGGCGGCGCCCGUACUGCGACACGGGUGUCACGAUGGUCGACGAGGGCUGCUUGCCGCCGGCGAGCACGUUCCGCGACUCCGGGAACAGGACGCUCUUUAGAUUCGAACGGAAGCCAAGCGGCAGCAGCGGUGACGGCGACGCCCCCGACGACAACAUCGUGGAGGCGACGCUGCGCUUGGCCAGGGAGAGCAAGAAUCGGGUGGCCUUGGCCGCCAGCAGGUCCGCGGCAAAGGCGGCGGCCAUAGGGGUGCAGGAUUGCACGUUCUUGACCAGCGUAGAGCGGCAACAAGAAGACAACCACGACGCUGGACCUGCUGCCAAUGGCGGUGCCACGGACGAAAGAGAAAAUGAAGCUGGUGCGGACGUUGGCAGGUUGCUAGGCCAAGAAGCGGGCGCCGUGAAUGGAAUGUCUACUCGCUUGUUGCGGGGACCGAUCGAUCCGAUGGUCCGCGGGGACCCCGUCAAGCUGCGGAUGGCGCUGACGACCCUACGGUACACGCUGAAGCACCCGGUCACGUCUUCGUUAGACGUUCAGUGGCAGAAGCAGCAGCAGCAGCAGCAGCAACAACAACAACAGCAGCUCACGCGCGGCAAGGAUUGCGGGGCGGGCCGGAAAACGGCCGCCGCUCGCGCGAGACAGCUCCCCCGCCGUCCGUAUCAGCUCCUCAAGCCAUCGCACCAAGUGGGCUUCUGCGCCAGACUGUUGGACGAACCGACUAAAGAUGGUCGUGGAGGCGGCGGGGGUGACGGCGUUUUGGGCAGGGUGGACGAGGUGUUGACGUCAAUGGGCGCGGGUAUGGACAGGAUGGUGCUCGAGAAGCGAGCGAGGGAGAACAACAACGGUACCCAGGCGGCCAAGCCCGAACUGUCGGCGAUCAUCCGAACGGUUAACGAAGUUUUGGACGAGACAGAGUACUGA